AUGAGUAUAGAGACAGCUGAUAAAAAUGACGACAAGAAGAACCCUAAAUUGUCUGAUAAGUUAGGCGACGCUCAUAUGAAUCUCUUGCCAAAAAGAAAAUUAAUAGUAAGUUUGGGUGCCAUGUCUUUGGGAUUGUUUGCAACUUUUGUGGACCAAACAAGCCUCACUGUAUCCUUGCCUCAGAUAGGGAAAGACUUGAAUGCUCAGACUACUAUUAAUUGGGCUGCAACAGCACAGCUUAUGGCGAACACAGUUUGUCAAGUUCUCUUUGGGAGACUAGCUGACAUAUUUGGCAGAAAGAGGAUAUUAUUGAUGUCUUUGGGAAUCUUGGCUAUCUCAGAUUUGUGCUGUGGGUUCGCUCAAACUGGUGUUCAAUUUUAUGUUUUUAGGGCUUUUGCGGGAAUUGGACAAGGAGGAACUCAAUCAUUAACUAUGGUGAUCGUCAGUGACAUAGUGACAUUGAAACAAAGAGGAAAAUAUCAAGGUAUAUUGGGAUCACAAGUCGGGUUGGGGAACGCGAUAGGUCCUUUUUUAAUGUCUGCAUUUAUUGAACAUUCUAGCUGGAGAAACUUUUACCACAUGAUGCCAGGUUUGGUCGCUUUGGUAAUGCUAACUAUUUUCUUCACUAUAGAUAAUAAUAAAGCUGUCCUAGACAGUGUAAUAUCAAAUAAAGAAAAAUUCAAAAAAAUUGACUACUUGGGCAUGUUGUUCAGUACGGCGAGCUUAACACUUUUAUUGGUCCCGAUAAGUGGAGGUGGUUCAACUUAUGCUUGGGAUAGUACCAAAGUAAUUGUUAUGUUUGUAAUUGGCGGAGUUUGUAUGGUGAUAUUCUUGAUCAUUGAAUGGAAAAUUCCUAUUUUGCCAAUGAUCCCGCUAAGUUUAUUCAGCAGGCCAUCUUUGGCUCUCAUUUUAGGGUCUAAUUUUUGUUUCGGUCUAGAAUUUUAUGCUUUCAUUUAUUAUAUCCCUUAUUAUUUUCAAAUUGUGAAGAAAAUGGACUCCAUUCAUUCUGCAAUAUUAAUAUUACCUUUGGUGCUAACUCAAUCUGUGAGCUCCAUAAUUGCAGGAAACCUUAUUAGUUUCACAGGAAAAUAUAAACUCAUAAUUCUUACUGGAUAUGGGCUUUGGUUUACAAGUUGCUGUCUUCUUUUGUUAUUCAAACCUGACACUCAUGUGGGUAUUAUCGUGCUUGUUUUACUUAUCAUGGGUUGUGGAACUGGCUGGACUUUUCAACCUACGAUUGUUGCAGUUCAAGCUCACUCUAAAAAAUCGGAGAGAGCGGUGGUAAUUGGCUGUCGUAAUGUUUUAAGAUCAUUCGGUGGUUCAGUGGGUGUUGCAGUUUCUUCACUAAUUAUGAGUAACACUUUAUUAAAUAAGAUAUCAGAAGAAUUGAACAAGGAGAGCUCAGAUGUUCCUAAAAGUUACUUAUUGUAUUUGAAAAAGCAUAUUUAUAGCAAGAUUGAACUUUCUGGGUUAGAUGAAAAACAGAUCAGUGUGGUUCAGGAUAUGUAUAUGGGUUCCAUGAGAAACCUAUUUUAUUUAUACAUUCCAUUAAUAGGAGUCUGCUUUAUAAGUACAAUUUUUAUUGUGGACAGAGGACUACUGUGUAUAGAUGAAGCUCCGCCAGUCAAUGCUACGGAAGACAAGAAGCUCAGCACACUUAGCGCGGAGGAGGAUUGUGAAUCCCAUUAUACUAUUGAACAAAUUGAUUCUGAAACAAAUCAGGAAGUGAAAAAUAUCGAAAGCCCACAAAAGUUGAAGCUGAAGCUGAAUUAA